AGUAACGGAUAUUUUUCUAUGAUUUCUUUUUAUUGUUACUUUUUAAUAUUCUAAUAUCAUUGAGAGUAUUUUGCUUGGGUAUUUGGCUAACUGAUAAUUUUCUGUUGGUAACUCUGUGCGCAUAAUAUUUGUGAAUCAAGAAAUUUUCUUGAGAGCAAAUUUUGCAUUAAAUAAAAUGAGUUCAUCAUCAUUCAAAGAAUUGUUUGAUGUAUCACCAAAACAACGAGAAAUAAUACAAUGGAGAGAUGCGAGAAGAAAAGAAUUACGUCAAAAAUAUUUAAAAGAAAUUCAUAAUCCAAUGAAACAAACAAUGCCCGUGGAAUCUGCAGUUAUGCGUUUAAAUGGUUUAAGACUUCAACACGAAUAUAUCACAAGAGAUGAUAAUGAACAUUUAUACCGUACCGGUCAAAUAAGCUAUGCUGAUAGAGAAUUUAAAUUUUCUUAAUUUUUUUUUUUCUUAUAGUAUAUUUAUAAAUGUUAAUAAAAUUUAAUAAGUAUAUAAAAUUCAAACAUUAAUAAAUGGAUAAUAAAUGCUAUAUAUUAUUAUUACAUUUAUUAUUCUAUGUAAUAUAAUUACAGAAUAAUUACAAAUAAAAAGAAUGAUGAAAUUAGUUAAUGAUAA